AUUACAUCAUCAUUAGACGACAGCAAACACACAGUACAAUUCGAUGAUAGAGAUGUAUGCUGAAAUUUUGCUGAAUUUUAAGUGUUUUGUGUCCAGUUAUAAAAUAGCAUUUGAAGUCGUGCAUUUCAUUUUUCCAUGCAAAUCAGGUAGUCGCUGAACAUAUCAAAAUUAUCGGAUUUCCAGCAACACAGCCAACAUGUUUAUGCCAAGAUCACUUAAAGUGAAAAGACCAUCUGACAGCCCAGGUCAAGUCACAAAGAAAUGUAAGGUGAUCCCAGAGCGAAUAAAUGAUAAGGUCUUGGAAAAUAAAUCCCCCCCGAAACCACCUGAAGAGUUUUGCACCUCACAGUCGCCGGAGCAUCGGUCCGAGGAUCUUAACGAUAAAAAACAAGAUCUCUCGCAAGGAGAGCACAGCACAAAGAGUGGCGACGGGGACCAGGAAGAGGAUGAACCAGUAAAGUCUUUCAAAAAGAGCCAGCGAUGGCCCGAACCGGGGGAGCCCGUGUGCAUCAUGUGCGGUCGAUAUGGAGAGUACAUCUGCGACAAGACCGAUAAUGAUGUGUGUAGUCUUGAGUGCAAAGCCAGUCACUUGGCCCGCAUGGGUUUGGGACCAAAGGGAACUCCUGAUGUCAUUGAAAUGGAAAAGACUUUUCCUUUAAUGCCGACUGAUGUAGACUCUCCCACCUUUGGGAAUGCUGCAGACCAGAAGCAGGGCUAUAUCUAUAGAGAGGACCCUUUCAUUUCCAGUUUGACAGAGGAGCAGGUGCUUAGAGUGAAGCGGGAUCUGGGCAUUGUAACAGAGGGCCAGCAUGUCUGCCGGCCCAUUAUUGAGUUUGAGCACUGUGGCUUCCCGUCGACCCUCUGCGUCAAUCUGAAAAGGGCAGGGUAUGAAGCACCUACUCCUGUUCAGAUGCAAAUGCUCCCGGUGGCACUCCUGGGCUGCGACGCCAUCGCCAGCGCCGACACGGGCUCUGGGAAAACUGCUGCCUUCCUGCUGCCCAUGGUGGCUCGCACCCUGCAGAACCCAGUGGGUACCACUUAUAGUCCGAUGGGCCUCGUUCUGACUCCAACCCGAGAGCUGGCGAUCCAGAUCGAGCGGCAGGCGAAGGAGCUGGUAAUGGGGCUGCCCCAGAUGAGGACGGCCCUGUUGGUGGGGGGCAUGCCCCUGCCCCCCCAGCUCCACCGGCUGAAGCAGAACAUUAAGCUGAUAAUAGCAACCCCUGGGCGACUGCUGGAAAUCCUGAAACAGGGGGCUGUCCAGCUGGACGGCGUGAGGAUGGUGGUGAUAGACGAGGCCGACACCAUGCUGAAGAUGGGCUUCCAGCAGCAAGUCCUCGACGUCCUGGAGAGAGUUCCAGAGGAGCGUCAGACUCUCUUUGUGUCCGCCACCAUCCCGCCGGGCACAGAGCAGCUGGCCGGUCGGCUGACCCAGGAACCUGUGCGAAUCACCGUCGGCGAGCGGAACCAGCCCUGCACUGACGUGCGCCAGAUCGUCCUUUGGGUGGAGGAACCCUCAAAGAAAAAGAAGCUUUUUGAAAUUUUAAACGACGCCAAGCUGUACUGCCCGCCCGUGCUGGUGUUCGUGGACUGCAGGCUGGGGGCGGACCUGCUCUGCGAGGCCGUGCAUAAGGUCAUGGGCCUCAACACGGUGGCCAUACACUCUGACAAGUCGCAGUGCGAGAGGAACAGGAUACUGAAGGGUUUGCUUGAGGGGGAAUUUGAAGUGGUGGUCAGUACUGGGGUGCUGGGAAGAGGUCUCGACCUAGUCAACGUGAAGCUGGUCGUGAACUUCGACAUGCCCGCUAAUAUGGAUGAGUAUGUUCAUCAGGUCGGCAGGGCCGGUAGGCUGGGUCACCGGGGGACCGCCAUUACGUUGGUGAACAACAACAACAAGCGCCUCUUCCUAGAGCUGGUGAAGCGAGUGCAGCCCACGGGUUCCCUGCUGCCCCCGCAGCUGCUCAACUCGCCGCACCUCCACGAGCAGCAGAGGCGAGCCAAGCAGAAGGGCAGACAAGGGGAAGGCGGGGCGGUUACUGAGAGCAACAUCAUCGACAUCAUCAGAAAGCAUGACCGUAGGAUAGCCAGGAAGCAGUCAUAGGCUUCCUGACGUGCUGGUGAUCCACUUCAUCUUUUGUACAGAUAUUUAUAUAAGUGGUUCUGAAGAGUAAAUGACAUGUAAAAGUCUGCUGUUUUGUUACAGAAACUAUCAGUGCAGUGUAUAUGCAUUUCCACAAUAAAUGUUUAUAAUAAAAGA